AUGGAAUCCAAACAAGAGGAGGCUAAUCUUAAGAACUCAUCCUCGAAAGCCUGCUGCACAUUUCCCACCACAGACCAGCCUCCAGAAAGCUCUUCCCUCCCCAUCUUAGUCUGGCUGAGCACUGUCACUGAUCACCUCCUACAGCUAGCCUGGCCUCAGAGCCAUACCACUGCUCACGGGUUUGUGCUGUUAACUGCACAGUUAUUAACAGUGGCGGCGGCGGCGCUCGGCGCGGGCAGGUCCUCCUGCUGCCCCGUCCCAUUUGUUGCCGGGUCUGGCUCGGGGCGGCCGCGGCGCGCGGAGCUCCCGAGAGCCAGGCGGGGCAGCCCCACAGCCACGACGGAGCAGCCGCGGGACUGGCCGCCCCGCGCCCCCUUCGCCGCCGUGCCCUUCCCCGGCGCGCUCACUCCCUUCUCGGGAUGGGAUUGUAGCGGCGGCGCGGAUUCGGCGGGGAUCGCGGCGGAGGCGGCGGCGGCGGCCGAGCGGGGCUCCAUGUUUUCCCCCGGCCAGGAGGAGCACUGCGCCCCCAAUAAGGAGCCGGUGAAAUACGGGGAGCUGGUGGUACUGGGGUACAAUGGUGCUUUACCUAAUGGAGACCGAGGACGGAGGAAAAGCAGGUUUGCUCUCUAUAAGCGGCCCAAGGCAAAUGGCGUCAGACCCAGCACGGUCCAUGUGAUAUCCACGCCCCAGGCAUCCAAGGUAGGUUGGCAGAAUUGGACGGGCCUUGGCCAACAGUGACUCAGGGUUACUCCUUCAGCUGCUCUCGCGUAGGGCAGUGUCUCAGCCCAGCUGAGGCUGGCUGGGUCUUUGUGGUGAGGGGCACUGCUGUGGGGUGUUGAGUAUCACCUCUGGCCUUGACCCCUCGAUGCCAGUGGCGCCCUGCUCCCUGCACGGUUGUUAACUGCCAAAGAUGUCUCAAGACGCCAAAGAUUUCUCAAGAUGUUGAAGAAUGUCUCCUGGGGACAGGUGGGCAAGUAAAAUCUGCUCUGUUAUGAGCCGCUGCUUUAGGAUACAAAGCAACUAGCAUUUAUCCAUUUAGAAUUGUUGUGGUUGAAAGAUACAUGAUGUUCUUUAUCCUCAGAAGUUUUUUUGUUGUCUUGGUUUAAACCUCAUGAAGAUUUGUUAUUUUCAUUCUGUUGAGUGCAAGUAGGUGUUUUCACACAAUCCACGUGUACAUGGAACUGAAUUUGUGUGAUUAUUAGAAAGACAGUAAGUAAAGAGCUAAGUGACAUAAGUCGCUAUACAUUUUUCUUCUAAGUUUGAAGUCAAUAAAAUGCUACAUUUUUAAAAAAGAAUUAUUUUAUUUGUUUUCUGAUACAUAGGUCAAGGAGAAAUUUGCAUUUCCAGUCUGGUUUGGUAUAUGUUACAUAUUAGAUUUGUUCUAGUUUUUCUUUAAUUAAAUAAAUUCUUUAAUGUAUAUUAUAGUUUCCUUUUCUGUGCAAUGGUUAUAUUUACCUUAAGUAUUUCAUAAUGAGGCUAGUGGCUAUACACAUAGAUCAUCGUGAGUUUGGGCCAUCUGGGAUAUAAGUAAGAGUCUUGAUUCCCAUUUUUACUGAAAACUUAUUUUCAAAGAAAAAUGAAUAGCUUCAUGGAAGCACAUGUGGUAUUUAUAUGCAGUGUUAACAACAUAGAUCACCUUUGUUAAUGUUUUUAUUUAGAGAGCUCCUAUUGUUUCUGAGGCAGUGCCAGAGAAAGAAUUUGUUAGACUGUACCAAUUAAGAUUGUCUUGCAUUAAUGAGGGAAUAAAUAGAUAGGGAAAUACCAAGCACCAAGGAAACAGGAAAGAUUAAUGUUUAGUGUAUAGGCCAAAGCUAGAGAAAGAUUAAUAAACUGAAAGUUUUAGGGGCCAGGCGCGGUGGCUCAUGCCUGUAAUCCUAGCACUCUGGGAGGCUGAGGCAGGUGG